UUGGACGUCAAGCAACAGCAGCUCAUGGAGGAACAGCAGAGGAGACAGGAGGCGGUGGUGCAGAAAGACAGGGGGAAUGCAUACUUCAAAGAGGGGAAGUAUGAGGCUGCAGUAGAGUACUACACCAAGGGCAUGGAAGCGGACAGCACCAAUGUCCUCCUGCCUGCCAACCGGGCCAUGGCUUACUUAAAGCUGCAGAGAUAUAAAGAGGCUGAGGAGGACUGUAGUAAAGCAAUAGCCCUGGAUGGCACCUAUUCAAAGGCCUUUGCCCGCAGAGGGACAGCCAGGGCUGCUCUGGGACUGCUCAAACAAGCUAAAGAAGAUUUUGAGGAGGUCCUGAAGCUAGAACCAGGAAACAAGCAGGCAUUUUGUGAGAUGAAGAAGAUUGCAAUUGACAUGGACACCAGUGGUCUGCUGGCAACAGAAGAGCAUGCACAGCGGAGAACAGUACAGCCAAUUAACAAACCACCUGACCUGCAGUCAACCAAGCCAUUGAGUAGAGUGGACAUUGAAGAGGUUUGUGGAAAGAUCCUGGUCCAGGAGGAGUCCUUGGCUGUGUUGACUUCAACCACAGCCCCCCGUGUUAGGCACCAGAAGACCACCUCCAUUGCAGACACUGUGAGAGAGGGUCAGGCCUCACCCCCCUCUACCUCCCCCAGUGCUAAGAUCCCGAAGAUUGAAGAAACAUCAAACCUCCCCUCACAUUCCCCUGUCAAAGGGCCUGUAGGGUAUGCUGUGAGAGCACAGACACAGCAGCACAGGGAGGCAACUGUCAGUGAACCAACAGAACCGCCUGCUACACCAUCAACUGAGCUCGUACCUCCUGCCCCCACCAACAGCUUCCAGCUAGAGGCAGACCUAAGGAAGAUUGGAAAUGGCCCUGAAGUCAUCUACAAGUAUUUGAAGCAAAUCCAGCCUCAGGCUUAUGCAAAGAUCUUCCAGAGCUCUCUUGAACCAGACAUGCUCAAUCAGAUUCUAAGGACGUUACAAAGCUUCUACAUCAAGAAGGAAGAGCCACCUGUCAUACUGGAGAUCCUCAGGAAUCUGGCCGGUGUGAGGCGGUUCGAUAUGGCUGUCAUGUUCAUGUCCAACCCUGAGAAGAAAGUUCUACAAGAAUUGUUUAACUUUCUUCGUCAAGCUGGACUUGAGGACGCUUCAGUAGGAGCCCUGCAAAAGAAGUAUGGAGUGUGAUGUGAGUGCAGAACCCUAAAUAAUCACUCACCACCUUCUGGAGACACCUGAAACCCCACCUCUUUAAGGAAUACCUAGGAUAGGAUAAGUAAUCCCUCUCACCCCCCCUUUAAGAUUUAGA